CACAUGCACACGCGCAUCCCGUACGGCGCGUGCUUCGUUUUCAUUUCGAGUGAUCGUUGAAGUUCGCGCUUCGCUCUCUUUCGGCAAAGCGGCAAAAGUGGCAAAAGACGACGCGGGCGAAAGAACACGCGAGAGAGGCGCGACAAAGCGCGCGCCGUUGAUCGCGAGGGACCGGCGGCGACUUCGCUGAUCACCGCGUGCGUCGAGGUGGCCGGGAAAGAGAGAGGACGACGGAGAGCCCAGGUGAAAAUUGAACAAUCGCGCACCGGCCGCGCGCGACCGGUACGCUCGCACCUGUGCGCGUCAGCGCUGCGAAGCUAGCCGCGAGCGACAGCGACGACGGCCGGGCGGGCGGGCCGGACUUCAGGGGGUUGUGGCGGCGCGCAGCGCUCUUCGCCGCGUUGCUCCGUCGCGUUCUCGGCACAAGCGUGAAGACGACGGUCGUCGAUCGGUGCGUUGUCCGUAUGCAGCGCACUCGCCGGGGUGGCGAACGCACGCAAGCACGCAAGUAAGCGAGUGAGCGAGCAACAACGACCGGGCAGCCGCGGGCGCAGGUAACGCGAACGAGUGCCGUAAAAUCGAGUGUGACACAACUGCCUCGAGGAGAAGCGAUCGUCGCUGCCGCUACCGCCUCCUUCCCCGCCGUCAACGGUUCCCCGUUGAUCCCGUGGCCCGUCGAGAGCGCGAUCCGGCGUGAACGGCGUUUGUCCGGGAUCAGGAAGCGAGAGGAGGAGAGCAGAGGAACCAAAGGACACUCCGGAGCGUCUCCGUCGCUCUCUACAGGAGCAGCAGGGACCCCGAGGGCCGGGGGUUUACGUCGCCGGGACGGCAGAUGUCAGGAUGCCGGAGCAGAGCAACGACUAUCGCGUGGUCGUGUUCGGUGCGGGCGGUGUCGGCAAGAGUUCCCUCGUGCUGCGUUUCGUGAAAGGAUCCUUCCGCGAGUCCUACAUACCGACCAUCGAGGACACUUACAGACAGGUAAUAAGUUGCGACAAAAACAUAUGCACACUUCAAAUUACGGACACAACGGGGUCCCAUCAGUUUCCCGCUAUGCAGCGGCUCUCCAUAAGCAAAGGUCACGCCUUCAUCUUGGUGUACUCGGUGUGCUCCCGGCAAAGUCUCGAGGAGCUGCGACCGAUCUGGGGUGUGAUAAGGGAACUGAAGGGCCAGGAUAUCUCGCAGAUACCCAUAAUGCUGGUUGGGAACAAGUGCGACGAGAGCCCGUCCAUACGCGAGGUGUCGAUGAGCGAAGGCGCGGCCGAGGCGGCUAACUGGGGCUGCGGCUUCCUGGAGACAUCGGCGAAGACGAAUCACAACGUGGACACCUUGUUCCGGGACCUGCUCACCCUCGAGAAGAACCGCUCGGUGUCGUUACAGCCGGUGCAGAGCAACAACGCGAUAAGACUCAAGGAGAAGUGCGUCGUUAUGUAAUCCGCACACGCCGAUCCAGCCGCGUGUCGCGAGGGGAGGCCAGCUCGGCGAAGCUCGACCGGCUGGUGGCUCUCGCGAAAGGCUGCCGUGGGCCGAUCCGCCAACGACCCCGCCGGUCUCGCCGGCGACGGCGACCCAUUCGCGGCCGAGUCUCGAGGGAGCCUCCGCUUCCGCGCUCGAGCUCCUCGCUGAAGCGAAGCAGCGCACUCCGCGCCGAGGACGCCAGACUGCUGGGAGCGACUGGACUUCGUCCUCGCGCGUCGCUCGCCGACGGCGUGACUCCGAGACCUUUGUCUUCAGUUCACCUUAAACGCAGUAGACCGCUCGGGACGCGUAUGAUUUCUCUCUCUCUGUGUUGAGACCAACCACAACUAUUCGGGUUCCUGUUCUUUUCAACUCCGCCGUGGAACUGUCUCCGCGGUAAUCUCGAGGCGGCGACGAGCGAGAGUCGACGAGAAGGCGACAGCUGCGACCACCACUAUCAUCAUCACCACUACCACCACUACUACCACCAUCAAAAUGGUAAUCACUUCGAGUUCGCCAUAAUUAAUGCUAUGCUUGCUACCGCCACCGCGGAAAGCAUGAUAUUAAUGAAUGUAAUGAACUCGCGGGAAUUACCAUCGUCGACCAUCGCCCGUCGCGCGCGUCUCUCGGAGUAUCUCGAUAUAUUUUAUAGAAGUGAAGAGAGAGGGUUUACUUCUCGCGAGGAAUACUCACUCGCCGCGUCAGUUACAUAUCCUUUCUGAGGUCUCGCCGUAUGUGUGAACGCGUCAUAUUUUUUAUCUUGAAUAUUUCUUACCGAUACAAACGAUACAGCCGCAUACGCACGAUACAUCGAUUAUUAUUAUCUAAUCGGUAAUGCUAGCAGUAAUGGUAAUAAUAAUACGAAAUAAUUCGCGAUCGACUCGUCGCGUUGGCGUUUUCCCAACGCGAAGGAGGGAGAACGAGGGAGUGAGUGAGCGAGAGAGAGCCGUAUUCGUGGGCGACGAAGUUAUCGCGAUUGUUCUAACCGCUUCUCGUUCUAAUUAACUACCCCGUAGCUGUCCGAUUAAUGCAGUGCCGCAGUAAUCAAUUAGUGUGACGCCGAUAAUUUCUCGUUUCGUUCUCGUACGCAGCGCCGAAAAGACCCCCGACGAUCAGCAGCGCAGGCCGAAUCUCGGGUUCGAGCGGUCGCGCCGGCGGGACGUUAAUGGUCCUCCAGCGCUCCCUCUCUCCGGCCUCUUCUCGGCGUCGCGUUCCCGCUAAAGUGUCCCGUUAAUGUCGAGAUCGUUCCCUUUGGCGUGCGCGAGAUCAACGAUUCGGGGACGAGAUCGCUCACGCGGGAGAGAUCGAUUGGGGCGCGCGGUUUGUCCGUUUUCUUUUUCUUUUUUUGUCACUCGAAUCCCACCCCCGGCGAUCUCGCGACGGCGUCCGCGGCGGCAAGAGAGGCGCUGCGUUUUUCCUGUCGGGAAACUGGCGGCUCGUCCGCUCCGCGAAGUCCCACAUUGGCGUAUAAAUUUUCGGCGCGCCGAAUUCGCGCGGCAUGCGGAAAACGCACGGGUUCCCAAGCGAUGUGCGCGAGCCCCACGCGAGCAGUGGUUGAAAAAUACAGAUUCUGCGAAGCACGCCGAGAAAAAGAAAGGAAACAAAAUUGGUUGAAUUAAUUCGGGAUACAUCAACCGGACUGUUCGCUCAGAUACGAACGAAUCAUACUUUUGGUUAAGGUAACCAGACAAAUUUGGUUACGAGGGUUCGGUUGAAGUGACUGGACAAGUUUGGUUACUUCGACCAAAGUAAACAAAAUUAUAUAUAUUUCUUACUAGAAAUUUUAUUACUUUUUUAACUGGAAACUAUUUUCUAAGGUGUUAGUGUGCAUGAUUAUUUUGCUGGUGUGAAAUUUAACUGAUUUGAUGUUAAGGUAAAAUUAUCGAUUCCCGAACACGCUUCCUAAUCCUAAUUCUUGUUGUUUUAGCUUUUAAAUGCGUAUAUUUAAAGUUUUAACAUAAAAUAUAUGCAUAUACUCAAUAUAUAUAUAUAUAUAUAUAUAUAUAUAUAUAUAUUUUAUGUUGAAAGUUUAAAUAUUUAUAUUUAAAGAUUAAAACAAUAAGAAUGUCCAGGCAUUGAUAUUUUUAUCUUAUAAUUGUAUUUGGAAAAAUCACCUUUUAUCCUGGUGGGAUUCGAAAACCAGAACCUCCGGAUUGUGAAUCGUCCGCCUACGUCACUUCACUGAUAUAUCCGUUAUAAGUUGUCUAUCUAUGUUGUAAUCAGCGUUGAAUGCCAGAAUAUGUGAUUAUAAUAACCAGAAAUUUUGUUUAGUUCUCAAACCGCCUCAAUUCAGCGAUGCGUAAUCGAUAGUAGUGAUAGAUGAAGCGGACAGAGAGCUGGCGAUGCGUUGGCGAGCGACUCGAUGCCCUUCCGUGAGAAUUCCGCGACCCGAGACUACCGCGCGACGAUUAGGGACUGAUGUAAUAACGCGCGCGUGAAAGACUUCUUCGCGUGUGUGUGAAUGACAGGAGAGUGCGAGAUCGAAUGAGAGAGAGAGAGGUAGGAGAACGAAAGAAAGCGUGUGUGCGAAAGACGAACAAGUAGAUAAGAGUUGUUACGAGAUUGGUUUUUGUUGAAUAGUUGUAAGAUUUUGUAAUGACGCUAAUUAGGAUUAUAAACGAGCAGCAAGACACACAAGUACACGGUAUCGUAUCGUACACACGAUAUAUGUAUACACAUCCACAUAUACAUCCAUAUAUACGUAACAUCCACGUACACACACAACAUCCACACGGACAUCCAUAUCAAUAACUGUUACAUGAAACUUGUUUCAAGUGAGACUUUCAGACUCGAAUCACGAGGUAGAUGUGAGUUCUUUAGUGGAAUAUAGCGAUUAUAAAUAUAACGUCGUAUAUAUAAUGCGAUUUAUCUCUUUAAAGUUCAGAUCCAACUCAGAAUUUAAAUCUGCGAAUCUCAACGAGACAAAUUUCAGUAAACGAUUAUUGACACGGACCUAAAAGCCAUUCUACAAUUGCAUAAGCGUGGCCGUGAGACGUAAAAGCCAACCAAUCAGAGUAUUUUAUUCACUGACUGCUUUACUCUGAUCGGUUGUCGUAAUCACUUACAACCACUUAUGACUACGCAAUAGUAGAAUAGCCUUAAUAUGUUCCAUUGCGCGUGUGGACUCACGACACAGGCGUAGAUUUGUUGGCGCAUCGCGAGCGAUUACGAUUGUAGGUAGCUAGCGCACUCGCGAGCCGACUAAUGCGUGUUUACCAUAUCGAGAUACGUGGUUUCCAGUGAUUUUUCUUCUUUUUUUCAACGGAAUAGACCACCCUAGACCACCACCCGAGACAUUUAGGCGAAUCCCACGGGGUAAUCCCCGACGAUAUAGUCAGUUAGCGGUAACCACACACACACACACACACAAACAUCUCCACACAUACCACACACAUACGCCCCCGUUCGAUUCCCGCCCUGACUCCGCUCCUUUUGCAACAAAUCGUCGAACAUGCUCGUAGUUUCCACGUGACUCGCGACUUUCCUUAUCGCAUUUGCGGAUAUAUCAUAGGCCGGAUUUUCCUCCCGCGGUGCUUUCCCUCCGGUCCCGUCGACGCCGUCGCCGGGAUGCGGCCGUUCGGACGUCGAUGUGAUCGAUCGACGUAAUACGCCGGAGCUAACACUGAUGCUGAUGACAAGCCGUCCGCGCUCGAACGCUACUACCACCAGCUCUGAAGGGCCGUAUUUAUAGUCGUCGAUAUUCGAGUAGAGUCUCGAGGGUGUAUCGAGUGGCGUACGCUCAUCACAAUGGAAGUACGUUCAGUCCAAGAGAGAGAGAGAGAGAGAGGAAGAGAGACAAACAGAUAUUCAUAGGAAGAGCGUUUGCACGUAAAUUAUGAUACUCUACGUCUCUACACGUGUGGACUACGUAAACUGUAUAUAAGAUGUCACCUAUGCAGGCAAUGAAUAAUCUUUACACGUCAUUCAGAGCACAUGUGACUUGCUCAAGAAUUAACCUUCAAAUCGGGCUGUUGUUUUCUGUCAUCGCAAACCGGACUCGUCAUGUCCACGUCUUAUAAAAUUACAUUAAUGUGCUCGGAAAAUUCUGAAAAAAUUCACGAAAGUUCAUUGAAUAUGGAUUAAGUUAUGUAUGAAUAUGAAUUUAAUAUGUUAAAUUUAUUACAGUUUAUUCUGAAUAUUUGUUUUUUUAAGAGAAACCGUCUGUUAUAGUAUGUCUAAAAAAUAUAGUUUUUCGAUAUUUGACUUGUGAGAGAAAAGAAUGUUUCAGAAAUUCUUGUCACUAAAAAAAAUUUAUUUAUUAGAAAUGUGCAUGAAAAUAGAAUAUAUCAUAAGAGAGAUAAAAGCACAUCAAAAUUAGAAAAAAAUAAUUCGCAUAUCUUUUUGUGUUUUUGUAUAAAAUAUACCAUAAAAUAUAAACACUUAUAAGCAUUGUAAGUGCAAGGAAAAAGCAUUUCAUAUUCGACAUGAGCUUAUAAAUAAUCUUUUACGAGUAAUUUACGCAAAGAAUUUUAUGAAAAUGUCAGCUUUAGUCAUUCAAAUUUUCAAGUAUGUUUAUUUUUACUAGAAAAAUGUAUACUUACCAUUUUCAAAUUUAUAUAAGAAAUAAAAUGAUAAUAUAUAAAAAAAAUAAACGUAUAAGUUGCGUAAAAAGUGAGGUUUUCCACUAAAAAAUUUGAACUUUUUAUGUUUUAAGUUUUUUCGAUAAAAUUUAUGUGUCGUACUUAUGAGACGUGGUAUUUUAAGGAAAAAAUUAGUUCUGUAGUGCACGUUUUAAAAGAUAUUUAUUCCAUGAAAAGGGUCAAUUUUUUAAUAAAAGAAAACAAAUAAUUAUGAAAAGUAAAAAUAUGAAUGACGCUUUUAUUUCAAAUAAUGGUAGUUCUUAUUGAAAGAGGAAACUUCAACUUUCGAGUAAAGGUAGAGGACCAUUGUAAACCGGAAACUCAUAGGUAUUCAGCUUCAAAAUUGAAACACGAGUCAAUUUAAGUCAUGAUGACCAGGAAGAGUUAACAAGUUUAAUAUUUUUAUUUGACCUUCAAAUAGAAAUUUAUAAAGGUUAUUUCUUCUAAAAAUAACUACUCUUCUAGACUAGUUAGACUUCACAGAAUUCUCUGGUUACAUUUUUACCUUUGGAAUUAAAUCUGCUAAUCUGUCAAGUAAUAAAAUGAAAAUUUCAUGCAAUUCUUUAUCUUCUUUAAAUCUAGCACUGAAAAGAAAGUGUAAUUAUAAUUGUGAAAGAAUUAUUUUUGUAGCAAGUAUUACAUAGUGUGAAUGAUAAUAACUUUAGAUACAUAUUGUUGCAAUUACAUUUUUGUUAAAACAAUAGGAAAACAGUUUUGACGUCUAAAAUAAUUAUAAUUUUCGUGACAUUCUUUUCUCUCAGUGCAUUUGUAUAAUUAAUACUAAAAAAAUUACAAUAUAUAUAUAUAUAUAUAUAGAUAUAUAUUUAGAUAUAUCUGCCUCAUAAUUUAUAAUUACUCUUCCGUAUAUUUUAAUCUAAUUUUCACAGAAUAUUCUGGAUUUUAUGCAGAACAUUUCAUGUAUUGUCUGCCAGAUAUAUACGCUAUGUAGAUAGUAUGUAAACAAUCCACAUGAAAGUAAUCUUGAAAUUCACAGCACGAUCUAUGAUAUUUAUAUUAUUCUACGUUCGAAAUCACGUCGUCGCAGAUGCCGAGCCAACACCCGAGUUCAAAAAGAAAAUACACGUGGAACGUUUUAAAUGCGCGCGUUAUUACUUUUUGUUUAGUCAUUCGUCCAUUCUCUCUCCCCGAGAAGGAAAAUAUUUGGAAAAUAAUAUUAUUCAAUUGCGUGCGAAGCGACGAAUAAAUUGACGGGAGCAAAUAUGAGAAAUAUGUUCUGUCUCCGACUCUCUCUCUCUCUCUCUUUGUGCCCGUUCGCCGAUUCGAAGCUCUUUUCGCGAUCUCGUUGAGCGAUCGUCGCUUUUGUGGUCGUUAAUAUUCGCGUUGUUUGUCGUCCGUACGCAAUUGCACUCGAGAUCCCGCUAUAAAUACGGCCGCGACGAGUGUCUCGCGUCGCGAAAUCCGCGACGCUAGGUGGCUGUUAAGCCUGCCGGCGAUUCAACUCGAAAUCGAGAGAGAUCGUCCUUUUGAAUGAGCCGACAAUACAUCGCCACGACGAGCGGGAGCGGAGCGUCAGCUGCUGGCAACGUCAAUGCCAUCAAUUAUAACGAUCAGCGAUGCAUCGUGGCGAGUCGUGGCCAGGGAUGGUCAUUGAGGAGAGAAGGAAUCGAUACUUCCGUUCGUGCGAGCAGCGACAGCGGUAUAUCGACGAAUAUCUCAACAAAUAUUGACGGCGCUGAGCGUCGAUAGUUAAUAUUGUGGACGACCGUGAAAAUUAAUUCGAAACUAAAAUUAACUCAAAAAAAAAAAGGAUUCACGCGCUAUUUUAGUCGAUAAGAGUACCACGCGCUAAUUAGGAGGAAGAUCCAAAUUAAUCGAACAAUCUUUUAUUUUUCAGAAGAAAAGGAGGAGGAACGAAUGAUUCGCAAUUUUUAAUUUAAAACUUCGCGAAAGUUAAGAGACUGUCAUCCGUUCUUUUCGCGCUGGGAUAUCAACAUUUUCAAUAAAACAUUGAUUAAUAUUAUUAUAAGUCCCUGGUAGAAGUUUAUUCCAAUUUUCGAGCAGUUACUGGACAGUCAUGUUAACUUUUGUCCAGUAACUGAAAAAUAAAAUUACUUAGGAUCUUAAUAAAAAUGUAAAGGUUUUUUUACAGUCAUUGCGUACGAAAGAUGCGCAAAAUCUGAACCCAUUUACUGGAAGAAAAUAGAAUAAUAAAUGAAAAAAAAAUAUUUGACUGAUUAAAGCUUCUUACUUCUUAAGACUGAGUAUUUCUGGAUAGGCUGUUCUUGUUUGAUGACGUCAAAAGCGAGAAAUCGCAUGCUCACGAUUCUCGCGUUAUACGAAAUAAAAAGAUAUAUCCAUUUAUACACUUGUAACGAUUUAGUAAAUUUGCGAAAUGAUUUUAAACACUCUCUUUUUGCUGUCAAUAAAUAGUCAUAAAACUAAUAUAGCACAGAAAUGAUGAGAAAAGUUUAAUUAAAACCUGCAUGUCACACUAAUUUUACAGCUAUUGAUUGAUUUUAACAGCAAAAGAGGAGUGCUCGGAACAUUAAAAAAAUUUGCUGAAUCGAUUACAAAUGUCAUUUUAUGAAGGUCUUUUUAUUUCAACGUAUAGCGCAAGAAUCAUCCCAUAUAAUGUCUAAAUCGGGACACAUAAGACGUCUUAAAGACGUCUUAAAGAUGUCUUAGAAACGUCUUAUAUUCCGACGUCUGAGAGAUGUCUUUAAGACGUCUUUCAGAGGUUUCUUAUGUCCUGAUUUUAGACAUUGUGUUGUGUGGGGUAGGCAUGCGAUUUCUCGCUUUUGACGUCAUCAAACAAAGACAGCCGAUGCGAAUACUCAGUGACCUUAACCCUCAAAACGGUCUGUUGUUCUCUGAAAGUUAAUAAUGAAGUCUGCUGCUCGUAAAACGAGCAGACUUGUCUUAGUAUUUCACUUUUUGUGCAUGGUUUCUGAUUGAACAUUUUGAAUGCCAAUGAGGGUCACAGAGCGCAGGAAAUGUGUAGUGCGUAAAAUAUAUUUUCAAGUUUUUCGUCUUUUACAUGACAUUGUUUACAUUCAUUAAAUAAUGAUAUAUGUCUUUUUGCCCAUUCUUGUGGUUGGACUGUUUCAUCAGAUUCGGAGUCUGAGCUAUCAUGAUAGUUUUCAUUUGUAUCAUUACCAUCAGAACAAUCUAACGUAUUUUCAUCGCAAUGAAAUUUUGUAUUAUUAACAUAUACUCCAUUUCUCUUUUGCACACUUUCAUUUCUAUUCUUGAUUAUCAUCUCUGCCAGGGCUUGAUAUUGGCAAGUAUCUUAUUUUCUCCAAUUUCCCUCUUCUUCCUAUAAACUUCUCUAUACGUUCACGCAUUGUUUACGCAACUUUUAGUUCUUUUGCUUAGCAAUAUAAAUAAAUAUGUUUCAAAUUUACUCACAAUAGACAUAACAUAAUUAAUAUUACUGACACUACAUCUUCGAAGGAAUCAGUUGACAUAUUGUACAGUAAACUGCUCUAAUCACUAAAUAAAGUUCUACCAAGUUCUCUCGUCCACUUCCCACGCAGUAUUUUUGCAAGAGAAUUUUGGAAUGCAUUAAUACUAAACAACAACUGGGCGGAUGUCCACGCAAACUGUAUACAUUUCUGCCAGGGAUUUUUCGCGGCGUUUAGAACGUAGAAACUUCAUUGUCUUACACAUCUUCUUCUCAUAAAAUAUUUACAUACUCGAGGCAUCUUUAAUCUCCAGCGCGAUCGAACGUAAUUUACGAGGAGGAUUGAAAGACGUUCCAGAUUCACGUUAAAUUCGAAGCUAUUUGGAUUUAAUACCCCACUUCGGGGUCACCUCCAUGACCCUCUAUUAUUAUGAUGAUUAUUAUUAUAUUAUACCCGGCAGCGCACUAACACGGAAAUAUCGAAAGAAGAGUAUCGAGUAUAUCGCGCUGGUGGACUAUUUCUAGCCGCAGGCGCGCUACCAAAAGAAUCCAAAAGAAAUUCAUCGUUUCGUUCUUUUGAAGUCCCUGAAUACGUCGGCUGUCUUUGAUGACGUCAGAAGCGAGAAAUCACAUGUUCACGAUUCUUGUGUUACACGUUAAAAUAAAAAGAUGUAUUCAUAAAACGACAUAUUCCUGAUUGCUUCAGCAAAGACUGAUUAAAUUAAAAGAAAAAUUCAGUUUGUUUAUUAAAUAGGAUGAAUUUUUUUGUUGGUGAAACCAAAAUUUUAUAUAUUCGCUAAUUUCUAUUACAAGUUCAACAUAAGCCCAUCAAACUUAUUCAAAAUGCAUCCUGAGAGACAAUUCUCGUAAAGAGUGACGCCAUUGGUCCAUAGGCCAUGUGUUCCAUUUCUUAAAUGCAAAAUGUACUUAAAAUAGGCACCAAAUUAAAGGCCUUGAUGAGCUGAUUACAAAGAUAUAAGUUUUAAAGCCGCCCAGUGUAUCGUUCUAACACUACGAUCCAAAGAGGUCCCAAAUUUUAGGCUACUUUCAAACUGAUGUUUCUUUAGCAAAACUUAACGGAUUUUAAAAGUUCAAAACGCUACAUUUAAUAAAAUUAAAUGAAGAAUUUAAUGGUAUAAAUUCCAUGUUCCAAACUGACCGAAAGUAGAAAAUUCCAAUUGGAACAUAAAUUUCCGGUUGAUUUUGGAACAUGAAGUGCAUAGGAAAAUGCAUCUUAACCUACUCAAAAACAUUAGAAAUACUCAAAUUGUUUUUGCUUAACUAUUCUAAAAACUAGAUCAAACAAAAUUCUAUUUUUGAAAUAAAAUAAAAGAAACAUAAAGAAAGUAGCCUAAAAUUUGGAAUCUUUUUGGACCGUAAUGUUGAAAUGGUACACUGAGCUCUAAAAUUUAUAUCUUUGUAAUCAGUUUAUCAAAGCCUUUAAUUUGGUAUAUAUUUUAAGUACAUUUUUUACUGCCCAGAAAUGAGGGCACAUGUUGGCGUCACUCUUUGUUAAAUGUUCCGAAAUGGUGAAAUCAAUAGAUAACUAUAAAAUUAGACAUGCAACUUAAGUUUUAACUUUUCUCAUUAUUCCUGUUAUGUUAAUUUUAUGAUUAAUUUAGGGGCUAAUUUUAUUGCUAAUUUUAUGAUUAUUAAUUUUAUUGAUUUUAUUAUUAAUUUUAUUGAUUUUGACAGUAAAAGAGUGUUCGGAGCAUUUUGCAAAUUUGCUGAAUUAAUUAAAGUAGAAGUAUCAAUACCUGGACACAUACCUAGUAUGUGCCUAAUUCUGGACAUGCUUGUUAUUUUAGUUUUAAAAUAUUGAAAUAUUCAAACUUUCAAUAUAGAACAUACAUAUAUUGAAUAUAUAUACAUACAUUGAAUAUAUAUACAAAUAUUUUAUAUUUGAAGAUUAAAAAAUCGUAUUUAAAGUUGAUAUAUUCAAAAUAUUUAAAAUCAAAACAACAAGAAUGUCCAAAAUUAGAUAUAUACUUGGUACGUAUUGAGGCAUUGGUAUUUUUACCUUACAUGUGUCAUUAUAUGGAUAUAUCUUUUUAUCUUAACAUAUGACGCAAGAAUCAUGAGCUUGUGAUUUUUCGCUUCUGACGUCAUCAGACAGCUCGAGUACACAGGAGCUUUAAUGUGGCUGUCGAUACAUGCGAGAAAAAGUUCGAUCGUCCAACGAAUUGCACAAUUACACUCGUAAAGUCAUCUGCCGAUUUGUUCUACGCGACGCUCUGUGUUCCAUCCACUCGCUCAUCUAUCCAUCCAUUCACCCAACCACGAAGAGAAGGACGAAUCGACGGCGAUCGGGGAUUUACCUCCGGAUAGUUGCGAAUUCCUCCGUAGUGCAGAAUCACGGAUCGUCGGCGGUCUCUGAACUUCGGCCACGCGAGUCUCUCGCGACUGAGAUUCUCGUCGAUCCGUCAAGAUUCACUUAAUUUUUAUCACUCCAAACCAGAGCCCGGCUGCUUCCUCGGCAGCCGCGGACUGCGGCUCGAUUUCCGGCGAAACGACAGCCAAUUUUAGCGAGUGUUCCCUUCUGUCGACCAUUAUCAAUGGAACACCGGCGACGCGCAUCAAUCGAACGCGCCGAGAUUAUUCUCUCGUUUUAUACCCUUUAAGCAGUCAAAAGUAAAUUAAAAAUCAAAUUAAAAUUAAAUUAUCAUGUAAAAGUUAAAAGUUAAUUAUUCCAAACAAUAUGUAUGUUAUCUUGCAUAAUUAAUUCUUUAAUCGUAAAUUAAAUUUAUGUGAACAAAUGAAAAUAACGAAAAUACUGGCUGUUUUGUGCUCAGAAUUCCAUACAAGAGAAGAUUGGCGCUCAAAGAGACGAAAAAGAUUCUGCUGGCAUUAUUUUUUUAUUUUUCUACUCUAUUUGUAAGCAGCCCGGGACGUUCCUCAUAUUUAACUUGUACAACAAAUGUUUAUAAGUUAAGGUUAAUACAUUUUGAUAUAAGUUUAAGUUAAAAAAGUUAAUAUACUUAAAAUUAAUUAAGUUAAAAAUUAUUAACAUUUAGCUGAUUAACUUGUUGUCUAGCUCUGAUUAUGUACAGUCAUUUUUUCUCGGGAUCUUAUACGAUCGGGUGAAUCUUCCCCUGUUUUGAAUGAAAUUUCACUCCUAAAAUUUAGGAAGUAUACAUCCUACGUCAGAAUAAUAUUGCUAAUUAUCGAUUAAUAGCUUCACCCUCGCUUCGUUUGGCGAUCGUCAUUAAUAAUCGGCGUUAAUAAUAGCGUUACGCUAUGGUAAAUGCGUAAUUUCAGCGAUAUCGCAUGAUCGAAGGCCAGUAAACGUCGUUGAAACUUCACGUUCGGUGCGAGACCAAAUCGAACAGGGUGCGAGUCGCCAUGCCUACACAGAAAAAAAUUAGUAUCCAUUUAAAACUGAUGUACUGAAAUUAACAAUUAUUGUUCCACAAAUAAGAAACAAUAUAUAAUUUCGUUAGCAGAAUUUUAGUCUUGUGUGUGUAAAUUUCAACGAUAUUAUAAUUUUAUUUCGGUAUUAUUGGUGGUUGGUCCGUAAAUUCGUGCGGAUUUUUGUCUAGUCGCAUUCACAUGUUGAUAUUAGAAGAAUAGUUCUAUACACAAUUGGCCAUCUAUAUAUAUAUGCUUUGAUAGCUGAUAUUUCAAAGCAUAUUUUGUGAUAUAAGUAUUAAAAAAAAAAAUACAGUUGUCUUUUUGUUGCGACUUAAAAAUGGAAGACAAUAAUGGAUUUUUCCGGCGCAUUAUGCUUUUUUCUAUAAAAAUUGUCAGAGUUUGUCGGAGUUUGGGAUAUUUCACUUCAUCUCCACUAUAUUCACCCGACAUUACCUUCUCCAAUUGUCAUCUAUUUCGCUUAUUACAGAACUUUUCUGACAGUGUAAAUUUCGCUUCUUUAGAGGAUGUGAAAAAUGCACUUGGAACGUUUCUUUACCGGAAAAGCACAAGAGUUUUACAAGUUUUACUUAUGGAUCAACCCAACAUAAUAUGAGAAGUGCAGUAUUUUGAUGAUAAUGAUAUAUUCUUCUUUAAACAUUUAAAAAUAUCAAUCCAAAAUCCAAAAUUUUAUGCUUUCCAUUCGUAAAAAUUAUUUUGAACGAUAAAAAUAUAGUUUCCUUUGUUGAGUCGUAUAAAAUGUGUCGAUGCAAGUAACUUAUAUUUGUUUAACGCUGUGCAAUCUCAUUUGAAGAUAUACCUGUCAAAAAUAAAGAUAUUUUUGAGACAGGAAUAUUCUUUUUUCUGUGUACAUUUGUUGCGGCGCACGCUGUUGCCGAAAGUUCGCCGGCUUGAUGUAACCCAAACUAUAAUUUUGAACGAUCGCGUCGGAUCUUAUCUAGAAUUUUUCCACGACGACAGAAAGGAACGACAGUCCUUCGCGCCGAAAAUGACACGACUCCUUUUUUACGAGGACGUCGUUGUAGAUGAUAUGCCGCGUAAACGAAGCGUAAAAAAUGCGCGUGUUUAGUAAUGAUCAUUGAAUAAUAAUCCGCUUGAGAGAGAGAGAGAGAGAGAGAGAGAGAGAGAGAGAGAGAGAGAGAGAGAGAGAUAUGAAAACAACCUCUAAGUGUAAAUUGUAUAUAAGAUUUUCUAUAUUCAGAUAUCUCGUUAUAUAUAUACAAUAUAUACACCUACGUACACCUGAGGAAUAUCUAUUAUUAGUAGAGAAAUAGUCAGAGGUGGUCUUUUCGCGAGCAUGUCUCUCGAUAGUAACAAAAACAACCGAAAAAAGCAUACACACAUGCAAAUAUACACAUACAAUACACAUAAACACACAUUCGCCGCUACUUUCUAAAUCACUUGUUAUCAGGUUAAUCGAUGGAUUAUGCGCUACGUAGUGUUUAUUAUCCCGUAAUUAUAGGGAUUACAUAGAGAGAGAAGAAAAGAUAGAGAGAGAGAGAGAGAAAGAAAGAGGGAGAAGAAAAGUUGGUAUAGAAUAAGAUAUAUGUUAAAUAUAAAAAAAUACACACACGACACAUCACACGAAUACACAAACACACACACACACAGAGAAACAAACAUACAUAUUUACUUAUAUAGAAAAACGUAUACAUAGUUGCAACACCAAUGUAUACAGAUUUAUGCGUAUAUGCGCAGACUUCAUCACAAAAGUCUACGUACGUACCAUUGUCUUCGUAGGGAAAGUGCGAAAAAGUGUCGUUUUCUAAUGGCUACGCUUAGCUGUUGAAAAAUGUUUAUCCGUAGUUGAGUGAGAAAAGGAGAGGGAGAGAGGAAGAGAGAGAGAAAGAGAGGGAGAUCGAAGAAGGAGAAGAAGUAGACUAAUCGCUGUUUUUCAAAGUACAUAUAGAUCUAAGAGAGGCGCGACGCGCGCGCUGCUUCUUAUCGAUUAACCAACACUCUCUUGCGAUUUUCUCACGUAACGUAACAUUUAGAGAUGCGAAAUGGGCCGAUGUAGAUUUUUGCGACUAAGUAGGUCAAAUCGUACGUGCAUACGGGGGGUGAUUCCCGCGAUCCCUCGGACUAGCCGACUCUGACGUGGGCUCGAUUCCUCUUUGACGAAGACGCCGUCGAGGCAUGCCGGCCCACGCGAUCGAAGACGCGUCGUCGUCAUUCACGGAGAGAGAGUCCCGUUCUUUGUCGGAGCCAACUGAUAGCUCUUGUCUCAAUUGGAGUCCCCAGCUUGCGAAUAAUUGUCUAGCUGUAUCGACAUCCACGAAAGCCGCGCCGCGCUAGUCAAGUGCAUGACGUAGACUUAAGGGGUUAAACGAAGGUAAAGGGAGAAACACUUCACGCGCGGGGAAGCGAAUUAUACAUCGAAUCACAUGAUGCUCGCGAAGCACCCGUUAGGUAACAUGUCGACACCGUCGAUCGAGCUUCCCUUAAAGACAAAUCGACCGACUCGCCGAAGCAUCCGCGCGCGCCCACGGAACGCACACCCCGUAUGUAGGAUACGACAGGUUUAAAUCAAUAGAAAAUAUCUCGUCGAGAGCGAGAGGCAGAUGUUAUACAAAAUCGAGCUUCGGAGAAUAUUCGGAAUAGCGAGAGAGAAGGAGAAGAGCAGGAGGACGUAAAAAACGGAUACUUAAAAAAAAAAAAAAAA